AUGGACAAAUUCGACAACUGCGUCCUAUUGACUCGCGUGGGCGGGUUCUAUGAAUUGUACUUUGAGCAUGCCGAGGAAUACGGACCUUUGCUCAAUAUCAAAGUGGCAUCCAAGAAAACCAAUGCGGGCCCUGUACCUAUGGCUGGAUUUCCCUUCUUCCAGCUAGACCGCUUUCUCAAAAUCUUGGUGCAAGAUCUCAGUCGCUAUGUUGCCAUUGCCGAGGAAUUUCCAAACGAUGCUCCUGAAAAGGUUAAGUCUGGAGGUCUGAUGCACGAUCGCAGAGUCUCUCGGAUUAUCACUCCGGGGACACUGAUCGACGAGAAUUUCAUGGACCCUUAUUCCAACAACUAUGUCAUGGCAAUCCACAUAGGUGAACCUGAGAGCCCAGACGCGGCCGAUCACCCGGUGCUCCCGCUGGGACUGGCAUGGCUAGACUUGUCUACUGGCCACUUCUUCACCCAAAGCACAGAUGUUGCAUCCCUGCCAUCCAUCCUAUCGAGGAUCGGACCGAGAGAAAUCGUGCUCGACCAAAGUUUGGAGCCGCAAGUGGAUCAUCAUGUCUUCACCAUAAUGGCAGAGGACCGGCAUCUGAUUACGUAUGCGCCUGGCGGAGGCUUGGCCAACAUGGCAGACUGGACGCCGUACUUGGAGUCGGACAUUCCUCCGAGCAUCCAGACAAGCUUCACGCAGGAUGAGGUACUUGCCGGGGGUCUUGUUCUGAAUUACGUCAAGGACCGACUUCAGGGACUUACUAUGAAGCUCCAGCCGCCUCUUCGACACGAGAACAUGGAGAUUAUGAGUAUCGACAAGAAUAGUCUCCGAGCACUUGAGAUCAAGCAUACGAUACGCGACGGCGCGUUCCGAGGCAGCUUGCUGCAUGCCAUCCGCCGAACCGUCACCAAGAGUGGCGCUCGCCUACUUAAUGAGUGGCUGAGUGCCCCGUCGACAUCACUUGAGGUUAUCAAGCGCCGCCAGGACCUGGUUGCGCAAUUUACCCAAGACGUCGAUCUACGCGACUCGGUAAUCAUGCUCCUCCGGAGAAGCUCUGACUCCCAGCGCUUGGUGCAAAAAUUUGCCUUGGGACGAGGUGAUCCCGACGACUUGCUCGGGCUGGCAGCCACGAUCCGCGCAACUGAAGACAUUGUCACUUUACUCAAGCACGCCAGUGCAUCGGCCAAUCCCGGUGCAGAUGAUUGUCUCACUUUCCUCACUUCACGUAUCAGCCUCGAGGAACCCCUGAAACUCGCCCAGCGGAUUAAGGAAGCCAUCGAUGAAGAAGGUGUGGUUCACCAGCAUGAGAUUGAGGACUCAACGACGGGAAAGGUCCUUGCCUUGGCCGAGGACGUGGUCUCAUCUGAAGGCGAAGAAGCAGACAUGAACUUGCUUCCUAAGGGCAAGCGCAAAAGACCCACGUCACUCAAGGAGCAUUACUCGGAGGAAAGUGAAGCCUGGGUCAUGAAGCCAGGGGCGAGCUCUGGACUUCAGAAGCUCCAUGCUCAACUAGCCCAAUUGCAGCAGGAGAGGAUGAAACUUGCCGAGACCCUUCGCAACAAACUGGGCGCCUCUUCGUUGACCUUGCGCUGGACACCAGGCCUGGGACACAUUGCUCACAUCAAGGGGAAAGACCUCAAGCAUGUGCCGGUCGUGCGAACCUUGUCGUCGAGCCGUUCCACACGCUCAUUCCAGAUUCCGGAGUGGACCGCACUGGGGCAGCGUUUGGACCAGACUCGCUUCCACAUUCGUGCUGAAGAGCAGCGAGUGUUCCACUCGUUGCGAGAGCAUGUUGUGACCAACCUGGUCAAGCUCCGUCGCAGUGCCGCAGUAUUGGACGAGCUGGACAUUGCGACAUCCUUUGCAAAGCUAGCCGAGGAGCAGAAUCUCGCCCGACCGCAGCUGACCCACUCCACCUCACACACGAUCAUAGGUGGCCGUCAUCCGACUGUCGAAGGCGGCCUGUACGAGCAAGGUCGCAGCUUUGUACGCAAUGACUGCCUCGUCGGUUCGCCCUCAGCAGGCAGACUGUGGCUGAUCACCGGACCCAACAUGGCUGGCAAAAGCACGUUUCUGCGCCAGAAUGCUCUCAUCACCAUUAUGGCUCAGAUCGGUUGCUAUGUUCCUGCCUCUUUCGCGGAAAUCGGCAUUGUCGAUGCCAUCUUCAGCCGCGUGGGAUCGGCCGAUAAUCUGUAUCGCGAUCAAAGCACCUUUAUGGUGGAGAUGUUAGAGACAGCCCAGAUCUUGAAGCAGGCCACGCCUCGCUCUUUUGUCAUCAUGGACGAGAUCGGCCGGGGCACGACCCCCGAGGACGGCACAGCUGUGUCAUACGCGUGCCUACAUCACUUGGUCACGGUCAACCAAUGCCGCACACUCUUUGCCACGCAUUUCCACGGCGUGGCUGAUCUUGCAGCAGAGGAAGGCCUGGGGAUCGGGGGUAACGGUGUGGUGAAAACAUAUUGCACAGAUGUAGAGGAAGAUGGGCAGAAAGGCUUUGUCUACAUUCACAAGCUACGAGAGGGCAUUAAUCGACAGAGUCAUGCCCUCAAAGUGGCGCGCCUGGCCGGUAUGCCUGACCUAGCAAUGGCAACGGCCAAGCGUGUGCUGGAGAGAGACCCCGCGAACGGAGCCUCCUAA